GGCGGGGGAGGGGAAGUUACCGCCGUUGGGGUAAGCUUUACGAUGGGGAAGAAGCACAAGAAGCACAAAGCAGACAAGGCGGAGUGGCGGUCGGCUUCUACCACCUCCUACAGCGAUUAUGUAGACAAGCCUUUGGAAAAACCUUUAAAGCUGGUUCUUAAAGUUGGAGGAAGUGAAGUAACAGAACUUUCUGGAUCAGGACACGAUUCUAGUUAUUACGAUGACAGAUCAGAUCAUGAGCGAGAACGACAUAAAGAAAAGAAGAAAAAAAAGAAAAAGAAGUCUGAGAAGGAGAAAGAAAAGCACCUUGAUGAUGAGGAAAGAAGAAAGAGAAAAGAAGAGAAAAAGAGGAAAAGGGAAAAAGAGCAGUGUGACACUGAAGGAGAAACUGAUGACUUUGAUCCUGGGAAAAAAGUGGAGGUUGAACCUCCUCCAGAUCGUCCUGUCAGAGCAUGCAGAACUCAGCCGGCUGAAAAUGAGAGCACACCAAUCCAGCGAUUGCUAGAACACUUCCUUCGUCAGCUUCAAAGGAAAGAUCCUCAUGGGUUUUUUGCUUUUCCAGUCACGGAUGCCAUCGCUCCAGGAUAUUCCAUGAUAAUAAAGCACCCCAUGGAUUUUGGAACUAUGAAGGAAAAAAUUGCAGCAAAUGAAUACAAAUCAGUCACUGAAUUCAAGGCAGAUUUUAAACUCAUGUGUGAUAAUGCAAUGACAUACAACAGACCGGAUACUGUUUACUACAAGCUAGCCAAGAAGAUACUACACACAGGCUUUAAGAUGAUGAGCAAAGAACGGCUGUUAGCUUUGAAGCGCAGCAUGUCGUUUAUGCAGGACAUGGAUUUUUCUCAGCAGGCAGCUCUUUUGGGUGAUGAAGACACAGUGGUUGAGGAGCCUGUCCCUGAAGUUAUGCCUGUACAAGUAGAGACUACCAAGAAAUCCAAAAAGCAAAAUAAAGAAGUUAUUAGUUGCAUAUUUGAACCUGAAGGAAAUGCAUGCAGCCUGACAGAUAGCACUGCUGAAGAACAUGUCCUAGCACUAGUGGAACAUGCAGCAGAUGAAGCUCGGGAUAGGAUCAAUCGAUAUCUCCCCAACAGCAAGAUCGGUUAUCUGAAAAAAAAUGGAGAUGGAACAUUAUUGUUCAGUGUAGUAAAUUCAUCUGAUCCAGAAGCAGAAGAGGAAGAGACUCAUCCAGUAGAUCUGAGUUCAUUGUCAAGCAAAUUUUUACCUGGCUUCACUACACUGGGCUUUAAAGAUGAACGAAGAAACAAAGUUACCUUUCUUACAAGUGCUAGUACAGCCCUUUCCAUGCAAAACAACUCUAUUUUCCAUGAUUUGAAAUCAGAAGAAAUGGAACUCCUAUACUCAGCGUAUGGUGAUGAAACUGGGAUACAGUGUGCCUUAAGCUUACAAGAAUUUGUGAAGGACGCUGGAUAUUACAGCAAGAAAAUAGUAGAUGAUCUUCUGGACCAGAUCACAAGUGGAGAUCAUUCCAAAACUGUUUAUCAGCUAAAGCAGAGACGAAACAUCCCAGUAAAACCACUGGAUGAAGUUAAAGUUCUGCCAGUUCUCAUAAAAGAAGAACACAAGCUGCGUAACACCUGUCCAGAUUCUUCCAAACAGAUUAUGGUUGGAGAAUCUGCUGGAGACAGUAACACUUCUGAAUUGGACUUUCUGUCUAUGAAAUCAUAUUCAGAUGUAUCUCUUGAUAUUUCAAUGUUAAGUUCAUUAGGGAAAGUGAAGAAGGAGCUUGAUCAUGAUGAUAACCAUUUACAUCUGGAUGAAACAGCUAAGCUUCUGCAGGACCUUCAUGAGGCUCAAGCUGACAGAGUGGGAUCUCGACCAUCAUCCAAUUUGAGUUCCCUCUCCAAUACUUCUGAAAGAGAUCAGCAUCAUCUUGGAAGCCCUUCUCAUCUGAGUGUUGGAGAGCAGCAAGACAUAGUUCAUGAUCCCUAUGAAUUUCUUCAGUCCCCAGAAACCUCAAAUGCUACUACUAACUAAUUUGAUGUUCUAUAUAUAUUUUGUAUUUUAAUUGUAUUGUUAUUAUAUAAAGUUUUUGUACAUGGCAGAAACCUCAGUUUGUCCUGCUUUGUAUGAGGAUUCCAGUAUAAUGUUGCAAUAUAUACCGGUCAGAAAAAAAAAACAACCCCAAAAGUGGAAGGGUACUGUAGUGCAUCAUGUUAGCAGUGUGCCUAGGUCUGCUUUUGCUUUGUAUGUUGGAGUGUGUCUUGUCUACUGGUGUAUGAAUCUUGACUGAAAAACCGUAAGUGCCGUGUUAGAGAAUGUCUGUUCGGUAAAAACUGAAGUGAUCAUUGUUCCACCAUCAUGGCAGCAAUCUUGAAAUACUUCCUAUAGAAUUACGUACCAGUUUCUCUUUCGGUCUUAACUUGGACAUCCUCAAGGAGGAAUAUCUUACUUCAUCAGUGGCAGAAGUGAAUGAACUGUGGUCGUUAUUUUACUUUUAAUCUUCUACCCUCUAAUCUGUAGGAAUGGUUUGUGUUUCCCUCUCUUUGUAAAUCUUUCAUUUCAUCACCCUAGAGAAUAAUUAGUAUGAGAAUAACAGUACUUGUAGUUGCUUUAAAAUGCUUACCACACUAAUUCUACACUGGAUCUAAAAAAGGUGGAUAUUUUAAUGAUCCCUUGUGUCUUGAAAAAGGAAGAGAUUACAAUACUGAUACUUUUAAAUUCAGUAUUUAUAUUUACUUGGAUGAAAAGAAUACUGCAUGCAGCUUGCUUUUUGUUAAUUCUAAGGUAAAAUCUUUGGAAUUCAGUAUUCAUGGGGGGUGUACCACUGGUAUGUGCAAGCUGGACAUGUUAUAAAUUUACAGCAUUUUGUAAAUCUGUAAAAAUAAAGAGUGAGGAUCAGGAACCAGAGCUCUCAUCCACAUUGCCUAUACAGUCUUGCCUAUAUAGCCUUUACUAUCUAUCUGUCUUUGCCAAUUAUUUUAUGAGCAUUCUUGCUUAUAAAAGUUCUGACAUCUCUUGUUCUCUCAGAACGAAAUUCUGCAGCAAACCCCUCUCAUACUGUGUCAGUACAUCUUUUAUGGUCUCUUCCUUUAGUAGUGACCAGGUAACUCUAAGAUUUUUAUAAGAUAUUCACCUGAUUUAUCUAUCUUGCCUAAGUAAGCCUUCUUUAAGAUGAUGAUCUUGUUUUCACAGUUCAUCCUAAGGCCAAAGUUCUGGAAACAGAACUGAGUGGCUAAGAGGGCUGUUUUUCUGUUAAAAGUUAAAAUGUCUAUAAGCUCUUCACAUUGGACUAGAAAAGUCAGAAUCACUAAGACUAGAAUGUGCAGAAGCACUAGUAGAGGUCAGAGCAAAGACCAAGAAUAUACUCAUCAAAGGAGUUAAUGAGGGAGGCUGAUUGAUUUUCGUGAAUAUAGUAAACAUAUUUCAAAACACAAAUGUGUAAUUCUGUGGAGGAGGAAUUUUAAUAGUUUUUCUUCUGACUAGAGAUUUAAUAGAAAACAACUUACAUUAAAUUUGUGGAUAAUCAGAUGACAUGCAAAAGUUAGGCUCUAAGUGGUAGUGGAUGUUCAGGUUAGUGAGGUAAAUGUUUUGCUAUUUACAUUUAAGAUUUCCUUCACCCACAACACCCUUCCUGAAAAAAUCCUAGGCAUUUACUGUAAUACUUGAAGAAUUGGAUUUCAGGAUUGUUUAAUGAAAAAAUGUUACAGCAAGAAAUGAGAAUAUAAAUUUGGCUAAUAGCAUCUUUUGAAACCAAGAGGAUCACAGUUUACAAAUGGAUUGUUUCUAUCACAUUUUCGUAUUUUAAUACCACUUCAAAAUUAAUGCUUGAUUAGCCAUAACCUCUGAGAAGAAUACUUAAAAAACAAACAAACCAAACAGUUGAGCUCCCUCUUCAGGUACAGAUCAUAAAGGGAGUGGCUUCCUUCAGCCUCUCAGUUACUGAAUAUUUUUAAUCAGGGGUUACGGUGUUGCUAGUAUUUCCAUAUAUAUGUAAGAGAAAAUUUAUUCUCUUAUUAAAUGCUGUAUUGGGAAAAAAAAUCUUAAGUUGCAUCACAGAAUGACUGAGGUUGCAAACUAGCUCUGGAGGCUGUCUGGUCUCACCCCCUUCAACCUUAAAGCCACUUUCCUAGGACCACAUCCAGACACCUUUUGGAGAUCUCUACAACUGUUCAAGGCUAUCUGUGCCAAUGCUCAAUCACCCUCAUAAUAAACUGUUUCUUGAUGUUUGGGUGAAACAUCCUGUGUUUAAGUUUAUGUCCAUUGUCUCUUCUCCUGGCACUGGGCACCUCUGAGAAGAGCCUGGUUCUGUCUUCUUUGCACCCUCCCUUCAGGUAUUUGUGGGAAUUAUUGAGAUGCCUCUCUCAGCUUCCUUGUCUCCAAGCUGAAUAGUUCCAGUUAUCUUUGCCUUAGCUCAUACAAGAUGUUCAUCAGUCAUCUUUCUGCCCUUUUUUUGUACCCUCCAGUAUGAUUGUAUCUUGUGUUAGGGAGCCCACAAUUGGGCAACAGUACUCCGGAUGUGGUUUCAUCAGGGCUGAGUAGAGGGGAAGGAUCACCUCCCUUGAGCUACUGGCAGUACUUUAACUAGUGCAGUCAAGGAUAUCCUUGCAGCGUUCUUUUCAGCAAGGGUGCUUUGUAGACUCAUGUUCAAUUUAGCAUCCACCAUGAUAUCCAGUUCCUUUCCUUCCAACUUAUUUUCCAGCUGAUUGGCCCCCAGCAUAUGUCAGUGCCUGGUGGUGUUCCUCCUCACGUGUAAGGACUUUGCACUUCUUGUUUAAGCGUGUGAGGUCCUUGUCAGCCCAUUUUUCCAGCCUAUCAAGGUUCCCCUGGAUAGUAGUACAAGUCCCUGUUGUGCUAGUCUUUCCUACCAAUUUUGUGUUAUUUGUGAACUUUCUGGGGGUGGACUCUGCUCCAUCAUCCAGAUCAUUAAUGAAUAUGUUUACUGGACUCAGUAUCAACGCCCCUGGGAUAUACACCUUGUUACUGACCUUCAACUAGAUGAUAAAUAUCUUCACAAAGGAUCUCAUUUUUAUAAAAUCUACACAGUUUGCAAGAGAUAAUAAUUUAAUUUCUGUUUUCUUUAAUCUAUAAAAAAUAAAAAAUGACUCUAAAUUGAGUACAAAGGCCAAAUAAAUAACACGUAGACAACAGCUAUAUCUGAACUGUGGAAGUGGGAUUCAGUAUUUCCUGUAUAAGUCAAAAAGUGUUCCAUGAUUCUGCAAUGUGAGUUGUACAGUCUGAGUGGACAACUUAUUCAAUAGCAAUCUGAUGUGAUACAUAACCAGCAGCGAAGAAUUGUAUGUAAUAACAACAUCACUAGCAACAGCACUAUUUAUUUUUUUUUAAAAGCAAUGGUGCUACAUGAAUUAACACCCCUCAGAGAUAAAAACUUUUCCACUAUGUAAAUCCUGGAUAUUUUUUGCAUCCAGGUGUUUGAUAACUUUAAAGUGAUGUGCUUUGGCCAUCACUUUAAAUACUGUUUCAGAAUUUUAUAUGUUAAAUGUUGUUAAGGGAGCAUAAAAUCAUGAGGGUUGCAUAGAUCUCUUUUUGCUUUGCUGUCAAGAACUGCUGACUUGAUCUUGCCUCAGAAUUCGUAUCCACACUGUUACAAAUGGUUUUGCUGCUGUGGUUUAAGCUCUUCUUCACACCUUUUUCACCCACUUUCUUCAAUGUCUUUGAAUACAAUAUCCUUAACAUAAUCACCUUUUUUAACCAGUUUCUCUUUAGCCUUCAAAACACAGCCAUGGUGUAAAGGAAAAAGUCAGAGUUCCAGGAUCCAACUUUCCUUUCCCAGAAGCUGAAAGGGAAAAGUUUCCUCUUUGUCAGAGAGAAAUUUUUUGAAGCACUUUCACAGCCGCAGGAUAAAACCUUGUAACCUAGAUUCAGAACUGACAUUGACAUACCCCUGUGAGCAGGUUGUCAGGAUAACUACUCUCCCAGCCAUAUAUUGUCCUGUCAGUGGGCACUACUGAGAAGAAUGUUUCCUUUUUUACUUCAUUAGGUAUUUAUACACAUUUGCUGAGACCGCUCCCCAGCCCUGAGACUUCUCCUCCCCAAUCCAGUUGCAGUUGUCUCAGCCUCUCCUCCCUUCAUCAUCUUUGUCAUUUUGUGCUGAAAUCACCCCACUAUGUCUUUAUCUCUCCUGGAGGAAGGAGCAUAGAACAGUACUUCAAGUGCAGCCUCACCGAAGUUGAGAAGAGAGGAAAGAUCACCUUUCUUGAUCUGCUGACAAUGUGCCCCAGAAAAAUAACGGCCACUUUUGAUGCAAAGGUGCAUCUUGUGGUUAGCUUGAUGUCAACCAGGAUGCCAAGAGCCUUCCCUGCAGAGUUUUUUUCCAUCCAGUGGGCACCUGUCAUUUACUGGUACACGGGGUGGGGCAACCCCCAGGUGCAUGACUGCACUUCUUUUUGUUAAAUUUCAUGAGGUUCUUCUCUAUCCAUUUCUCCACCUUGUCUAGAUCCCUCUGCAUGGUAGGACACGUAUCUGGUCUGUCAGUCACUCCUCCUAGUUUUGUAAGAUUUGCAUAACUGGUAAGGGUACGCUCUGCCCCAUUGCCCAGAUUUUUAAUGUCAAAGAACACUGGAUCCAGUAUUGAACCCUGGAGUACCACAAGUAACUGGAUUACAACAGGACUUCAAGCCAUUUAUCACAAAUCUCUGCAUAGGACCAGACCUUCAGCUAGUUCUCAGUGAACUUUGCUGUCCACUUAUUUCAUCCUUACUUUGUCUCUUCAUCUGAGAGAAUGCUAUGGGAGACAAGGUAAACAAUAUCCACUGCUCUCCACUCAUCAACCCAGCUGGUCAACUCAUAGUGAAAAGCUAUCACGUUGGUUAAACAUGAUUUCCUCUUUGUCACUCCAUUCUGACUACUCUCAAUCCCCUUCAAGUAGUUUGGAAAUAGUUUCCAGGAGGAUUUUCACCAUCAUCUUCCUAGGGAUUGAGGUGAAGCUGACCAACCAGUAGUUCCCUAUACCUUCCCCCUUUCCCUUCUUGAAGAUUGAAGUGACAUUUGCUCUCUUUCAGUCUUUAGGAACCCUACCCAAACACCAGGCUCAUUAUCAAGAGUGGCCUCAGAAAUGCAUAGGUCCAUCAGCAGUUGCAUAUGUAAUCAGAUCAAGUGAACUUGUGUAUGACCAAUUUAAGUGCUACCUAACCUGGUCUUCCUUUACAAGAGUGUGAUUUCUCUGCUCCAGAAUCUCUCAGGUCUCAGGACAUCAAAAAAGUGAAAGUUCAGGAUUCUUUUUAAAAAAUCAAUCCUGUUAAUUAUUUUUGAUUGGUUGUAGAAAUAACCUGCCUGUGGAAUAAUUGCAGUCACCAAACUACAUAGCAGGGAUUUAAACAAUGGGAAAUACUGGGAUAUUUGUAUUACUUGCUCACCUUUUAAAUUAGAGGUAGGAGUGGAGAGUAUUAACUACAAUGAAUUUCAGUAUUGAAAUAUUUGCUAAGUUUUCCUUAGGAAAGAGUAGGCACAUUGAGGAACAAAAAUGAAUUUAUGAUUCUAUGAUUCUGUGAAACCAACUUCACUUGUAUGGUGCAAGUGUUUACCACAUAGACACUUACUACAAGAUAAAUAAACUGGUGUUGGUGUUUUGCAUAGCUUUUCAAGCCCACAAAAAGGACUAGUGAUGAUACUUGAAUUAUAGUAAAUAAUCUCUUGUUCCUUGACUAAACCAAUUUUUCACUGGGUUUAUACAUUAAAACUUCUAUCAAAAGAGAUUCCUCCAAUUAUGAGUACUAGAGGCUUAAGUCACUGUACAGUCUGACUUCUAGGGAAUUCUUAAAUUCUGAAAUGUUUUCUUAUGUCCUAGAAUAAACUAUAUUUCAUAAGACAGUGGUAACAUGCAGUAGGUGAGGAGAAAGAAAAGAGUCCUGGGAAUGACCCAAGAGAUCCUGAAAUCGUAGCAGUCAUCAAUUUUAUGUCAUUAGAUGCAUAGUUAGACCAUCCUGAAGCUAUUAUUCAAAAUUGCAGAAUGGAGAGCGCAUAUUACAGAACGACAGAAUCAUUAAGGUUGGAAAAGACCACUAAGAUCAUCUUGUCCAACUGUCAUCCCAGCCCACUAAAUAGUGUCCCUAAGUGCCCUAUCUACCUUUUUGUUGAAAACCUCCAGGGACGGUGACUCUACCACUUCCCUGUGCAGCCUGUUCCAAUACCUCACCAAUCUUUAUAAGAAGAAAUUUCUCCUAGUAUCCAACCUGAACCUCCCCUGGCAUUAUCACUAGUUACCUGGGAAAAGAGGCCUACCCCCAGUUCACUACAACCUCCUUCCAGGAAGUUGAAAAGAGCGAUACCAUCUCACCUGAGCCUCCUGUUCUCCAGACUAAACAGACUAAACUCUCUUCCCCCAGCUUCUCCUCAUAAGGCUUGUGUCCCGCACCCUUCACCAGCUUCAUUGUCCUUCUUUGCAUACACUGCAGGGCCUCAGUGUCUUUCUUACAGUGAGGGGCCCAGAACAACAUAGCUCUCAAGGUGUGGACUCACUAGUACCAAGUACGGGGAGACGAUCACUUCCCUGGUGUUGUUGACUACACUAUUUCUGAUACAAGCCAGGAUGCCAUUGUCCUUCUUGUUCACCUGGGCACAUUGCUGGCUCAUGUUCAUCCGGCUGUCAGCUAACACCCCCAGAUCCUUUGCACAGCUUUCCAGCCACUCUGCUCCAAGCUCGUAGUGAAGCAUGGAUGCAUGAGGUUGUUGAGACUAAAGAGUAGGACUCAGCUCUUGGUCUUGUUAAGCUCAUGCAGUUGGCCUCAGCCUGCUGAUCCAGCCUAUCCAGAUCCCUCUGUAGGGCCUUCCUACCCUCAGGCAGAUUGUUUCCUCCCAGCUUGAUGUCAUCUGCAAACCUCCUGAGAGUGCACUCAUCCAAAUCAUUGAUAAAGACAAUAAACAGAGCUGGUCCCAAUUCUGACCCUUGGGUAACACCACUAGUGGCCAGUUGCUGGCUGGAUUCAGCUCUAUUUACCACUACUCCCUGGGCCUGGCUAUCCAGCUAGUUUUUUACCCAGUGAAGAGUAGACCUGUCCAAGGCGUCAGCUGACUGCUUCUCCAGGAAAAUACUGUGGGAAACAGUCAAAGGCUUUACUAAAAUCUAGGUAGACUACAUCCACACACCCACAGACCUUCCCUCAUCCACUAGGUGGGAUCAUAACUCAGCAGUGAAUGCUGUACUUGACUAUCAUUCCUGUGUUUCAAUCCUUUUAUUUUCUUUUUCUUUUCUGCUAUUCUAAUACCUUUGUUGGAUCAGAAGUUUAAGUGCUAACUGGUGAAGAGGAAGUUGUAAAAAUAUGAUUAUUUUUUUUUUUUUGAUGACUGGUUUCUUCUAGUUGCUUUUGUAUUUAGUAUGUUUUGCCUGAGAUUUUGGUGACAUGCCAUGGAUGAGCUGAGGCUGUAGGAAGAGUAUCUGCCUGAUGAAGUGCAAAAGGGAUGUUUUCGGUGGCUAAUGAAUGACAUAAAUCACUACCUCUGUUGCAUGUAUGUUUUCCCACCAUUUGUCACAAUGCUAAAGAAAAGAGAGUUCUACUUUUCUGUUUUGGGAGUUGUUAGAAGUAUGUGUAUAUGUGUUUGGCAAUGUGGCAAUGUGUUCAGGCUGUCUGCUACUCAUGCACACAUAAUGGCCAGCGUGUGUUCCUGGACGUAACAAGUAUGAUCUGUUGCACUGUAACAGUGUUGACUGUUGGGAAGUCUUUGCAUGGACGCACACAAUGGUCAAUAAUGUUUAAGAGAAUAAUAACUGAAAAAUAUCUUUAAAGCUAAUGCUUUUUUUGACCCCUAAUACAGCAGGCUUAAUUUCUCAUACUCUAUGUAUAAAUGUAAAUUGAUUCCUGUAAUAUAUGUUAAUUAAAAAUUACAGUUGGUGAGGAAAUUUUUAGUGAAACUAUUGUUACUGUUGCAUUGCUCACCUUUGUCCUUGAAUAAAAAUCCACUGUUUUAAGUACUCAUCUAAAGUAAUGUGCUGGCUUGUUUGUUUUGCUUAAACUGUUUUUGUAAACUAUUGAAAACUGAAAUAACAUACAGUAUCUUAUUAUAUUCAUCUUGGGUUGCUGACUGUACUCGUUCAAACACUGAAAUUCUGUAAAUUAGCCUUUAAGCUUCUGUGGUUUAUCUGUACAAAUGGCUGUGUAGUCUUUGUAUUACUACCGCUCCAGGAAGCACUUUGUGCCUAAGAAGGUUUGCCUAUUUGUUCAGCGUAUCUCACCCUUGGGCAGUGUCAGUUCUACACGGCAAUCUCUAACUGUAGAUCCUAAGGCUGUUAGACAACCCUUUUAAUAAGCCUACUAACUUCUUUCUUGAGAGGAGGGAGGAAUGGGACACAGCACUCUUAAGACAGAGUCCUCCCCAGAAGCAAAUUUUUUUCUUGUAUGCUAUUUGUCUUCCCAAAAUGGCAAACGUUGACUUGAAUUCUGUUUUCUGGGUGUACGGAAAGUACUGAAUGCCUCAAGAAAUCUUUUACAUGGCUUUGAGAAAUCUUUCCCCUACACUUUCUAGAAAGAUUGGACUUUGUGUUUGCAUCCUCUCCUUUUUCUUUUUUAUUUUUUUAAUAAAUUAUACAUAUUUUUUCUUAAAAAGAAAAGAUUCUCAAUGUAUUAAGAUAGAGUGACUAGUUUCUGUUCAGCUUUUUUUGUAAUAGUGCUUUUUUACUGAUUGCCAAGAUCGAAAAUAAACCCUCUCUUCUA